CCCAUAUUAGUAAGAAAAGAUCAGAAACAAAAUUAAUAUUUGCUUAAACUGAAUCCUACAAACAUCUCCUACAGAUGUGGCUGGAUAAUGACAUUCAAAGCGCUGAUGAAGGAAGAGUGGUCGGCAGAAAGGCAACUUUAGUCACCUCAAGAAAUUGUCCUGAAACAUACUAUUGCCCUCACUGUACAUACAACACCGUAGAUCAUUCGGAGUACCUUGACCACUUCCGAACUCACAUGGGAGGAAAGACAUUUUCAUGUCCACAGUGCUCCUAUAAGACUCUUGUUAGCUCAAAUUUUAAGAGGCAUAUUCGAAUUCACACUGGAGAGAAGCCUUAUUUUUGCCCAUAUUGUCCUUACAGAUCAAAUGAAAAGGCUAAAGUGAAAAGACACUUACUUAGUCACAACAAGUUUUUUUUUCUGAAAAAACAACAUUUUCUACAGGUCUGGCUGAGUAAUGACAUGCGAAUGUCCGGAGCUGCAGAAGUUGCAGGAGCGAGAAACAUAGUCAUCAACAACAGAAAAAUGCCCAAAUUCUACCAGUGUCCGAGCUGUACCUUCGCUAGCUCAAAUCGUUCCCAUUUUGCAGAUCAUUAUCGCACACAUACUGGUGAAAAGCCUUUUACCUGUUCUUAUUGCUCUUACCAAACUGGUGAUAGAUCUAAUCUUAAAAGACAUGUUCGUAUCCAUGCCAAGAAAUCCCCAGUGUCUCUAUGAGGAUGUAGGUGUAUCACAUAUAUAUUGUCAUAUUCAUCAGAGUUUGUCUAUUGACUGCAAGGCUUUACAAUUUCACAGUUGUGAUGAAUAGCUAAAGGGCAUUUUUAUUUGCUCUCUGAUAUUUAGAUUUACAAAGAAAAAUGUUAUUUGAUUUGUGAAUUUCUGAAUAUUUUUGUAUUGAUUAUUAAAUAUUAUUAAAUCAUCAUAAAUUAUGAUGAUUGGUAUAAGAUAAUGAAAUAAAUGAUUCUCAUGAUAAAAGUAUAAGAUUA